CUCCAACGCCCCAUCUCCAACUAUGUCACCUACAAGAAAGUACCCCCUCUUGACAAGCUCGUCCAGAAACUCAGCCCUCACCAUGAAGACCCCCGCCUCCUCUCCAUGAUCACCUACCUGAAACACCGCACCUCCUCUUCCACCCCAGCAGCAGACACCCCCUUACCCCAAGACCUCCCAACCUUCGCCACCUAUCUACAAACCACCUACGGCUCUCUAGCCCUAGACCAUCUAUUCGCUCUCGUCGACCUCACCCGCCUGCUCUUCCUCGACCCCCGCGUAUCCAGCUACUUUGCCGAAGAGCCCGACCACAAGACCCUCCUCACUCUCUUAUCCCCAUCUGCCGGCCUCUCCAAAUGCCCCUACAAUCUCCGCAUUGUCAUGCUCCAACUCUGCUGCACCCUCUUCUCCACCCCUCUCUACCGCGACCAACUCGCUACCUCCUCCUCUUCUCUCCUCCCAACCCUCCUCCACCUCACCACCUCCUCCCUCCUCGACUCCCACACUAACCUCCGCGUCGUCGCCGCCUCCCUCGCCUACAACCUCGCCGCGCUUAACCACAACGCCCGCUUCGCCGGCCACGCCGACCCCCUGUCCGAGGAAAACCAGGUCGAGCUGACCGCGUCACUCGUGGAAGCCAUCGCUCAGGAAGAAGAGAGCCAGGAGGCACUCCACGGGCUUCUCUUCGCUCUGGGACUGCUCGUCUACGAAGCUAGUCCGGACAGCGCGGUCGUGGAUCUCUGCAAGGCCAUGGGAAUUGCAGAAACGGUAGUUGCGAAGAAGAAUCUUUCGAAUGUAGCGAAGGAGCCGUUGAUCAAGGAGGUGGGAGAGGAGUUGUUGAUGAGGGGGUUAUAG